ACUAGAAAUAAGAGCCCAUUGAAGCAUAUGAACCAACAAUGAAGCCUAAUAUCACUAACCGACAAUCACAUACUAGAGUCAGAGUAUGAUGUCAGCACGAUGAUGUCGCCAAAACACAACCAUGUUAAAGUCGUCAUCCAGCUAUUCUGUCAGCCAUUCAAAUUUCAACCUCCUUUUUCCCAUUCAUCGUAUUUCCUCUCGUUUUUAUUUUUUAAAUAUGUAUUUGGCCAAUUAUCGUUGUUUCCACGUUCAAGUCAACAUUCUCCGACGGCUUUCUCCAUCCUAGUUUCUCCCAUCGUCGGCGAGAGAAGCCAUGUCUAAACCUCACGUACUGGUCUUCCCGUACCCAGCGCAAGGCCACGUCCUCGCCCUCCUCGAUUUGACCCAUCAGCUUGUUCUUCGAGGUUUAUCCAUCACCCUCCUCGUCACUCCCAAAAACUAUCCCUUCUCCGCCCUCUCUCCUGCCCAUGCUGCCGCCGUUCAGACCCUUGUACUUCCUUUCCCUUCACAUCCCAAAAUCCCUCCUGGCGUCGAAAACAUCAGAGAACUCGGCAACGCCGGAAAUUACUCCAUGAUGAACGCUCUCUCCCAGCUUCAUGACCCAAUAAUCCAGUGGUUCAAGUCCCACCCCUCACCUCCUGUGGCCAUCAUCUCCGACUUCUUCCUCGGCUGGACUCUCAGUCUUUCCGAUCAUUUGGGAAUUCCCAGAAUCGCGUUUUACUCUGUGAGUGCUCUCCUGGCCUUGAUUUGCAACUCUUGCUGGGAAAAUACGCAGGCUGUUUGGGGUCAGGGAGUGAUCGAGUUCUCUGACAUGCCCGGAACGCCGUUGUUCAAGGCGGAGCAUCUUCCUUCUAUCGUUCGCAAUUACAAGGAAUCUGAUCCUGAUUCGGAGUUUGUGAAGGAGAGUUCUCUGGCGAAUAUCGUGAGCUGGGGUUGUAUUUUCAAUAGCUUCCGAGCUCUUGAGGGUCAGUAUUUGGAUUAUUUGAGACAACCGUUGAAGCAUCCUCGGGUCUUUGUGGUCGGUCCAUUGAGCUUGAUCGGACCCGACGAUGGCGGAGAUCAAGCUAACCAGUAUCCAGAAGGACACUCCGAUUUGUUCAACUGGCUCGACGGGUGCCCCGACGGGUCUGUGUUAUAUGUGUGCUUUGGGAGUCAGAAGUUCCUCAAACGAGAACAAAUGGCGGCUUUGGCAGCCGGGUUGGAACGAUCCGAGACCCGAUUCAUUUGGGUCGUGAAAUCGGGCACGCCACAACAGGUGGAGGAAGGAUACGGCGUCGUUCCAUACGAGUUUGAGGAUCGGGUUUCCGGGCGGGGCUUUGUGAUAAGAAGUUGGGUGCCACAGGUGCAGAUACUGAAUCACAGAGCUGUGGGAGGGUUUCUGAGUCACUGCGGGUGGAACUCGGUGUUGGAGGCCAUAGUUGCCGGAGUCAUGAUUCUUGGAUGGCCCAUGGAGGCUGACCAGUUCUUGAAUGCCAAGCUCCUGGUGGAUGACGAGGGCGUCGCCGUCAGGGUGUGCGAGGGGGCGGAUUCAGUGCCCGACCGGGAAGAGUUGGGUCGGAUUGUAGCAAGAUCAAUGAGAUCAGAUUGCCCAGAAAAAGAAAGAGCUAAAGCGCUAAGAGACGAAGCUCAUAACAGUAUAAGUCGGCAGGGAAAUUCUUGGAAAGAGUUGGACGAGUUAGUGGAAGCAAUAACCCAACUUGAUGCACGAAAGUGUGAUACUUAGUUAAGAAUCUCACAUGCACACAUAUUGUGAGCUUGCGGGGCAGUAAAGGUGUAUUGAAGACCAGAAGAUAAGUGCUACGGAGGCAUGGGUUUCAAAUAAGUUAGCCCUCACGGUCAAACAGCAACAUGAUGCUGUUAUUAUAGGAUGGGGUCUUUUUAUUAUUAUUAUUUUUUUUUACAUGUAGACCUCGUUGAAAUAACCUUUCAACUAAAUUAUGAUAUACACAAGAAAUAAUAUUCGAAUUAUUUAAUUGAUGAAAA